GUUUUGGGCCUCAGCUAUAAAUAAUAAUCACAAACUUUCAUCCUGGUCGGUCAGAAAGACAUUAUCACAUCAGCCGCAAAUUACAGAGAAACACCAAUCGAAGACAACAACGCAGGGAAGGAGCUUCUCCAUCUGAUUUUCAGUUUAUCAUUGAAGAGCAAUAUGGCUGAAGAAGAGGUUAAGGACGGGAUGCAGGAGGAGGUGAAAGAGGAGGCUGUUGGUAUCGCUCCUUUUGAUCCUACCAAAAAGAAGAAAAAGAAGAAAGUAACCAUUCAGGAUCCAGCUGAUGAUUCUGUCAACGAUUUGGCAGAAAAGACAGAGAGCCUAUCAGUUUCUGAUGGUAUCGAGCCUUCUUUUGCUGGUUUGAAAAAGAAGAAGAAGAAGCCGGUACAUGCAGACCUCCUGACUGAUGACAAGGAGAAUUUGGGAGAUGAGUUGGAUGAACAAACUGGGGAUGAUGAGGAAGGCACAGGUACCAUCUUGCAACAAAAUCCUUGGGAUGGAACUGACCGUGAUUAUGAGUAUGAGGAGCUUCUAGGACGAGUGUUCAACAUUCUGCGUGAGAACAAUCCUGAGCUGGCUGGAGAUAGGCGCAGGACAGUCAUGAGGCCUCCUCAAGUUCUUCGUGAAGGAACUAAGAAAACUGUCUUUGUCAAUUUCAUGGACCUCUGUAAAACGAUGCAUAGGCAGCCAGAGCAUGUUAUGGCUUUUCUGUUGGCUGAAUUGGGAACAAGUGGGUCCCUUGAUGGUCAACAGCGGCUAGUGGUUAAAGGAAGAUUCGCCCCAAAAAACUUUGAGGGUAUUUUGCGUCGAUACGUCAAUGAAUAUGUCAUCUGUAAUGGCUGCAAAAGCCCUGAUACAAUCCUUUCAAAGGAGAACCGGCUUUUCUUCCUUCGGUGUGAGAAGUGCGGGUCUGGAAGGUCAGUGGCACAAAUCAAGGCAGGUUACCUUGCCGUUGUUGCUCGCAGGAAAGCUGGUACAUGAGCUGUUUUUUUGCUGAAAUAAAAUGGUGGAAUGGGUGGGGCUCAUGCUUGUCUAGUGACACCUUUUGGUUGGGUAGAUAAUGUAUUGAAAUGCGUAAUGACAUUGUACUGAGAGUUUUCAUGUUGAUAUCUCUGUACUGGGUUAGCAUCUGUUGCCAGUCACUGCCUACCAGGUUAUGAAUUGUGGAUGACAUCUUUACUUAACUGUAUGAAAUUUUGUUUGCAAUUUGGAUUUCAUUCGAUUGAGUCAGCUCUUUAAAAGAUUUAGAUCAAAUUUUGUUUCUGGAUGUUAAAUCCAUUGGAUGAAAGUUUUCAUUUUCAACUUUUGUUUUUUUGGUUGUUUAAAAUGUAAAUAUGUGGAUGGAGGCAAGAAAAUUCACUCGAUUGCUUGAAAGUCCCCGAUAUGCAAUAUGGGCUUAUGACUAGUUUGAUCAAUACUCUACACUUUCAAUGAACAUUGUUCUUCCUUCAAUAUUGUUCCUUGUAAUACUAAAGGUGUAAAUUAUUUUAUGCAAGAAUCAUGCGUAAAACAAGCCCGACAAUUUAACUAAUUUGGCUUAUUCAAGGUUGCUAACAUGAUGAAACAAUCGAAGAGGAGAGCAACCAUCAAAAUUUCUGCC